UUUUUUUCUCUUGCACUCCUCCUCCCUCGUCAUUGAUCUGCCCUUUAACUGUCAGUCCUCUACAUCAUUUCUCAUAUCGGGUACUGUGAAGGGUAAUUGCCCAUACGACCGCUCAACAUGGGUAUGGGAGCUGGCGCUGAGGCUGUCUCCGGCAAGCGUGCUGAGCUUGCCGGUAACCGCGUGGGAUGGCGCGGUCUGAUCAGCAGCAAGAAGACCUUUGCGAUUGCGCUGUUUGCGUCGCUGGGUGGCUUCGUCUACGGAUACAACCAGGGAAUGUUCUCGGAGAUUCUUACCAUGACCUCUUUCAUUAAGGCUACCGACGGAUAUGCAGCGCGGACCGGUCUCAAGCAGGGCAUGCUUACGUCUAUCCUGGAAUUGGGUGCUUGGGUGGGUACACUGCUGAACGGAUAUCUGGCGGAUUCUCUCGGUCGUCGUCGCACGGUUGUCUUGGCGGUGUUUAUCUUCUGCAUCGGUGUCAUCGUCCAGGCCUGCACCAAGAACGCGGGAUAUAUCUUUGCUGGUCGGUUUGUGACGGGUCUGGGUGUCGGUAACCUCAGUAUGAUUGUGCCGCUGUACAAUGCGGAAUUGGCGCCUCCUGAGAUUCGUGGUUCCUUGGUUGCCGUGCAGCAGCUGUCCAUCACCUUCGGUAUCAUGGUCAGCUUCUGGAUCGGUUACGGAACAAACUACAUCGGAGGUACUGGAGCGGGUCAGUCCAACGCAGCAUGGCUGAUCCCGAUUUGCAUCCAAAUCCUCCCCGCCCUCAUUCUCGCCAUCGGAAUGGUCGGGUUCAUGCCCCAAUCGCCUCGCCACCUGAUGAACCUCGGCCGGGAAGAAGAGUGUCUCCAGACCCUGGCACGUCUGCGCGGCGCCUCCACGGAUGACAUGCUUGUCCGCAUCGAGUUCCUCGAGAUCAAGGCGCUCUGGAUGUUCGAGGCCGAAACCGCCAAGAGGAAGUACCCCCAGUACCAGGACGGAUCCUUCAAGAGCCGCUUCAUGACCGGCCUGAACGACUACAAAUCUCUCGUGACCAACAAGUCCCUCUUCAAGCGGACCACCGUGGCCUGUCUCGUCAUGAUGUUCCAGCAGUGGAACGGAAUCAACGCCAUCAACUACUACGCGCCCCAGAUCUUCGAGGGCCUCAACCUGGGCGGCAACACCACCUCCCUGCUGGCCACCGGUGUCGGCGGCAUCUUCGAGUUCGUCUUUACCAUUCCCGCCGUUCUCUGGGUCGACAACAUCGGUCGUAAGAAGAUCCUCAUCACCGGUGCCAUCGGCAUGUCCAUCUGCCAUUUCAUCUGCGCCGGUCUGAUCGGCUCCUACGAGGGCACCUUCUCCACCCACAAGGGCGCCGGCUGGGCGACUGUCGUGUUCGUCUGGAUCUUCAUCAUCAACUACGCUUACUCUUGGGGACCCUGUGCCUGGAUCGUCGUCUCGGAAGUCUACCCGCUCAGCAUGCGCGCCAAGGGCGUUAGUAUCGGCGGUAGCAGCAACUGGCUCAACAACUUCGGUGUCGGCCUCGCCACAUCCCCCUUCCUGUCCGCCUCCGCCUACGGCACCUUCAUCUUCUUCGGAUGCAUGACCAUCCUCGGCGUCAUCUACGUGUGGAUCUUCGUCCCCGAAACCAAGGGCCGCACACUCGAGGAGAUGGACGAAUUGUUCGGCUCCGAGGGCAUGGCUGCCGAAGACGAGGCCCUGCGUCAGCGCAUCGAUCGCGAGAUUGGCCUGACUGCUCUCCUCAGCGGGGAGUAUAUUGAGCCGGGCGAGAAGGCGGACGAGAAGGCGGUGCAUGCUGAUAAUGUUGUUUUGGAUGAUACGUCUGCUUAGGUAGUUGGGUUGCGUUUAUAUACCCGACUUGAUGUGUAGUUGGAUGAUUUGAUACCCGGGAUGGGAGGGAUAUGGCAGGGCAAAGGGGAGAGGGGGUGGUGGUGUGAAUGAUCGGAGGAGUCGUUGUUUGCA